UAGAGAGAGGAGGGGAGGAGCAUGCUGCCUACAUUCAGCGCAGACAAAAGCAACUCUCAGUCCAUCGCAGGAUAUUCUUCCGUAACCAGAGACAGAACGCAGUAACAGUAAAAUCCAAGCCAGAUGUUCAACCGGACCACAGGUGUGCCUUCACCUUACCCAGAUUUAGGUGUUGCUCCGUUCAUCAGCGUGCCACAUGUCUAUCGCCUGUAUCCAGAGUUUCCCGCGUACAGAGCGACGAUGGCCCCAUACCCGGCUCCGCAGCACAGUGUGACGCCUUCAAGCGCGCCAACAAAACAGGAGAAGUGUUACAACCCUCACGACCCCACACUUACAUUUGUAGAUGGAGAGGAUGAUUUGGACUUUUUGUAUGAAGGCUUCAUAUCUCGCAGAGCUAAGAUGUCCUGUGGUCACGCUGUGACCCCGACCUCUCUCACCAACUGGUGUCGCAGGUUGUUGGACCAGGGUAGAAGCAGGUUUGUGUGUGGUGGGUCUGGUUGUAGUGCUGAGUGGACUUUUGCUGAGGUUUGUAAAAUGGCUCUUCUGACCCCUGAAGAAAUGGAGUACUUCCAAAAAACCAUGGAAUUCAACGCUGCCAGGCAGACACUUACUACUAAGUUGUGUCCUGGAUGUGGAUUCGCUGUGACGAGAGAGAAUGGGUCAGAUUUGAAUGUCCUCUGUAAAGUGUGCACAGCAGUAAAAGGACGGCUGUUUGAAUUCUGCUGGCAGUGUUUGAGGGAGUGGAAGGGUGCACGGCCUCGGAAGGACCGCUGUGGAAAUCGUGGCUGCUGCAACCCAUCACUAGAAACACUAAAGAAAUGCCCAGAUAUCACAUUUCAUGGGUAUGACGAUGAGUAUGAGUCCGAGGAUGAGGAUGAGUUUGAUUCUGGAGUCCUUGUUUGUCCCUCUGUCCGUGCCUGUCCUACCUGUGGUUUGCUGUUGGAGCACAGCACGAUGGCUUGCCCAUCAGUUGAUUGCCCUCGAUGUAAUGUGACAUUUUGUUUUGUGUGUCUGAAAAACUCUGGCGAAUGUUUGACCAGUUGCAUUGCUGCCCCCAGACAGACCUCUAUACCUGUGUGGAAGAAGAAAUAAUGGGAAAGAAACAAGGCUGAUAAGUUUUUCUUUCAUUUAUUGAGAGUGCCUUUUCUAAAUGAAUUCACUAUGCCGUGUUUUAAAUUCUCUGCUUUGAAUAACAUCACAUAAUAAAUAAAAAUUGUUGUGUUUUAUUACUGAGAAAUUUACUACCAGAUGUGAUCUUUACAGUUGUGUCAUGUCUGAAGUCUAAUGAUAAAUCUGAAAAAUGUUGUUCAUUUAUAAACUUAGAAUAAGAUUAAACAUUCUGUCUGCA